AGGGGGUCGUCUUUGUCGGAAGAUGAAUGUUGUGUUAUUCCUCCUGAUCGCCGCGCUCUCGAUGUGUGGAGCAGAGGAACUCUUGGAGGAGCGAGUCCGCUCCGGGCGCAGGACCUGCAGGCUGUACUGCAGGGUGGGCAUCGGCUUCCAUCUGCAAAUCCAUCCCGACGGCAGAGUGAACGGCAGCCAUGAGCCCAACCACCUGAGUGUCCUACAGCUCUUUGCCAUUUCCCAGGGGGUCAUUGGUAUCAAAGGAGUUUACAGUAACAGAUUCCUGGCCAUGAAUAAGAGAGGAUGGCUGCACGCCACGGAAUGGUUCUCAGAGGACUGCAAGUUCAGAGAGCGUUUCCAGGAGAACAGUUACAACACUUAUGCCUCAGUGGUACACAGGAACCACAAGACUGGCCGUGAAUGGUUUGUGGCCCUCAACAAGAGGGGGAAAGCAAAAAUGGGCUCCAGUCCACGAGUCAAAUCCCAACACAUCUCCACCCACUUCUUACCCAGGGUCAGCUUUCAUGACGACCAAAUUGGCUUCUCGAUCACAGACAGGAGCAAAGAUAGGAGGAAAACUCUCCCCAAAGCGCCACAGGCCAAGUCAGUCCAAGCAAGAACACCACCAAGACGAACACAAGUCAAGUACUGGCCCAAGUACAGAUUUGGAUAGGUGCAUGCAUGAACUACACCAAGAAUGAAAGGACAAAGUCCUGCAUCAUCAGUCAGAUCAUUCUAGGAAUCUGUC